AGAGUUGCUGCGGUGGUCGCACACGACACAACUGAAUCUCUGCACAGCCGCACGUACAGCUCCGAUAGUGCAGCGUAGUGAGGACGAUCGUGUUUGCGGUUGUUGCCGCCGUCGCCGUUGUGGUCCACACACGCGCCGCUUAACGAACAGCAUUUUUACCUCUUCCGUUUAGCAUCCGAUUUUUUUAAAGAAGUAUUUCUUAGACCUAUUGUAGGAAUAUAUAUAUAUUUGCUGAUUUAGUCUUAUUUGCAGCCUUCUUCCUUCUCACCUUUUACUUAGUCUAUCGUUGUAGUUUAGCUCUCGUGUGCACGGAGACGUCGCGCUGUGGUCGCGACUCACCUUUGCCUUCUCUCUUCUACCUUGUCCUCCAAAGGAAACCGCCAUCGACAGCGCAGAAGCAUCUCCACACGUAUACCCGUACACGCACACACACAACACAGCAAAACAUUAUUAGUGAGAAGACGCCGUUUAGCGAUAGAAAUCUUUUAUUGAGACAUGCUCCGUGGAGCGGCCUCUCGUGCCAGCGUGGCGUGUGCCACCGUCGCUGCCCUCGCCUGCGGCACGCGGCACUAUCGCAUUAUUCCUCACAUGUACAACGAAAUCGAAGAGUUGGCCGAGACGCAGAAGCGUGGCCGCUGGUACAUCUCACACCGAAAUUGCCUCCAGCAGCCCCUCAAGAAAGGCGAGAUCAUGGCCGAGAAGCUGAACCUGCGGGAGGGCCGCCGCACCGGUGCGCUGCCAGAGAAGUCGAUCGCACGUCGCCUAAGCCAAAAGUACGCCGUUGACGGCAAGCUCUACGAGAGCAAGUCCAAGACGAAAUUGAUCAACAUUACGGUGAUCAACUUCGAUGGCCAUCCUUUUCACUUCCGCACCUACCCCAUGCCGGACGUCACGCUGAACACCCUCAUUGACGGCUCCGGCAUGUGCCACGGACACGCCACGCACUGGGGUAAGUGCAACAACCCCGACUGCGCCGACUGGAACCACGGCGACGGGUGCAUCGUGAACGUGGACAUCGAGACGUUAGACCGACUUCUGCCGCCGAACCGGUGGGAGUACACCUCGCUCGCGGCCUGGCGGAACACCGACCGGCCGGACAUCACGUUCAACACGCGCUUUAGCUGCCAAAUUCCGAUUACGGAGGAGCUGGAUGGGAGCCUGUUCGCACUGAAACAGCUCUGGACGCGUUCGCUGCGCGAGGCGGUGUCGGACUGGGGCUUGGUGGAUGACCAGGGCACCAUCCACGGCGCGCGCAGCAAGCGGAUCGAGCCGUGGGCGCCGCUCAUCGAGGAGCCGACGCUCGUUGAUUUCCCCAUCACCUGGGACAUGCUGUGGGCGACCGGCUAUCAGGAUAUUAUGAAGGAGAAGUACUCCAACUACCGCCGCAAGGAUGGCUACCACACGAAGCCGGAAAUGUGGGCGGCCUACGUGUAA